AUGAGCGAUACACAGACGUCACUGUCAUCCAAUUUUAGCAACUCACAGACCCCGAUACAGAAUGAUUUAACUUCUCUGGUACCCAGCAAUGAUAAUUCACUAAAAGUGCCCACUCCACUUAAUACUAGAAGAAAACGUGGUUUAUCGUUGAGGUCCCAGCUUUUUAAUAAAGCAUUCAAUAUCCAACAGCAGCCAUUAGAACAAACACAAUCAUCUGCACCACCUUUGCAGUCACCGGAAUUAACUAAUAAUCUAGCGAAUGAGACGAAUACAUAUCCAGUUUCAGACCAUUUUCAACAAAAUAUAGAACUUCAAAAUAUUCCAAUAACACCCGAGAUCAAUGUUUAUGAAGCACCAGAACAAUUUCCCACUUCCAUAAGGUCUGUAGCGAAUAAUGAUUCAAAUGCCAAUUAUCCAUCGAAUUUAAGUAGAUCAACCACACAUUUGACCGUGGAAACCAAUGGAACAAGCAUUAGCACACAGUCUUUUAUUUCCAAAAGAGAGAAAUCGGACUGGAAACGUUAUGGUAGCAAAAAUAGAUUCUACCAAAUAUUAGUGGACAUAAAAAAUAAGGUUUUCCACAUCAAAUACUUACCCCCAACAGAAGAAGGACGUAUAAUUCCUUUAACAGUUGACCCCAAAUCCACAAACUCGUAUUACCAGGAUGAAUAUUAUGAUAAAAAGUCCAAAGCGUAUAUUGACGAAAGAUCUAACGAGCCAUACAUCGAUAACAUGAUAACCUCAUCCAAGUAUACAGUGUACUCAUUUUUGCCCAAACAAUUGAGGGCCCAAUUUUCCAAAGUUGCAAAUUGUUAUUUUAUGGUUGUUGCCAUUAUGCAAAUGAUCCCUGGAUGGUCCACUACCGGUCAUUUUACCACAAUUAUUCCAUUAUGUAUUUUCAUGUCGAUCUCAAUAGCUCGUGAAGGUUUUGAUGAUUGGAAAAGACACGGUCAUGACAAAGAGGAAAAUAACAAACGAACAACUGUUGUUAGGGAAGACGAAGAAUUGAGCAGUUUUGACACUCACUCUAUCGCCACAAUUAUGACAGAAACAAUACCAGUCGCAGAUAGACUCCACACUAACAAUAGCAAUAGCAACAACAACAACAACAACAACCAUCUCAAUAAGAAUAGUCUCAACAAUCUAUUAGCAAUCUCGUCAACUUCUUCACUUUCUGACAUUGAAGAUUCAGUUUCAAAAGAGGAUCUUUGUUUUACAAACUCCGAGAUGAUGCGACGCUACAAUCUUAAAGAGUACACUACAAGAUGGAAAAAUGUGAAAGUUGGGGAUAUAGUCAAAAUCAAUGAGAAUGAGUGGUUUCCUAGUGAUGUGAUUUUGAUAGCUACCAGUGAAUUGGAGACACAAGAGGCUUUUGUUGAGACGAUGGCUCUUGAUGGGGAAACCAAUUUGAAACAAAAGAGUCCCCAUCCAGAGAUAGCUAAAAAAGCAGCAACUGUAACAGGAUUAAAGAAUCUACACACAUUAGUUACUGUUGAAGACCCAAAUAAGGACCUUUAUAAUUUUGAAGGAUCUUUUAUUUUGGAUGGUGAGAAGCAUCCGCUUGGUCCAGAUAAUGUUGUUUACCGUGGGAGUAUUUUGAGGAAUACAAAGUCAGUAUUGGGACUUGUUGUAUUCACUGGAGAAGAAACAAAAAUUAGAAUGAACAAUAUUAGGAAUCCACGUACAAAAGCCCCCAAGUUGCAAAAAAACAUCAAUUAUAUUGUUAUUUUCAUGGUUUUCGUGGUUAUAAUGUUAUCUGCAUUUUCGACGAUGGCACAAAGACUACAGUUUGAGAGUUAUAAAAAUCGAGCUUGGUAUUUGUAUGGACAAGAUGCCGGGGUUGCUGCGACAUUGAUGGGAUUCAUCAUCAUGUAUAACACACUUAUUCCGUUGUCACUUUAUGUUACAAUGGAGAUUAUCAAAGUUAUGCAGUUGUGCUUUCUACAAUAUGACAUAGAUAUGUAUCAUGUGGAAACCAACACUCCAGCAGAUGCAAAGACAGCAACAAUUUUAGAGGAAUUGGGUCAAGUCUCUUAUAUUUUCAGUGACAAAACUGGCACACUCACUGAUAACAAAAUGAUUUUCAGAAAAUUUAGCGUUUGCGGAGUAAGCUGGUUACAUGAUUUAGAUAUUAUGUUGAAUGAAAAGCAAGAGCCUAAUAGUCAGGUGACAGCACCUUUAGUACCAAGAUACAGUAUACAUAUACAAUCACCAGCAGCAACCAACAAGAAAAGCACCAAUGACAGGACAUCAGUGGAGUCUACGCACAGGGAUAGCACAACUUCAAUAGUGCGCGAAAGUAUGGAUAUUUCAUCUCCAAGAGCAAGCACUGCUGCUUGGAAAUCAUCGGCACAACCAAACAAAAUACAGGACUUAUCAAACUCUUUGCAAUUGUUAAGACAUAUUCAAUCACACCCUCAAACUUUAUUUGCCAAAAAGGCCAAAUUCUUUUUGUUGUCCAUUGCAUUAUGUAAUACUUGUUUACCGAAAAAGAAGGAGAACGAGUCCAAAUGUAAUUCUAAUAAUUCCACCUUUUCCUUAGAGGAGAUACCCACAAAUGAGGAUCCACAAGAUGAUGGGUGUAUCACGUAUCAAGCUGCUUCACCUGAUGAAUUGGCAUUAGUUCAAGCUGCCAGAGACUUGGGAUUUGUUGUAUAUGAUAGACAAAACAGCAAAUUGACCAUAAAGACCUACCCUGAUGGGUUUAAUAAUGAGCCCAAAUUUGAAGAGUACCAAGUUUUGGAUGUAAUAGAGUUUUCAUCAGCAAGAAAAAGAAUGUCAAUUGUGGUUCGAUUCCCUGAUAAUAGAAUCUGUUUAUUUUGUAAAGGAGCAGACAAUGUGAUUCUAGAAAAAUUGAAAAACUCUAAAUUGGCACAAGCUAAAGCCAAAGAAAUUUCCUUACAAUCUGCAGAAAGAAAAACACAAGAAGCCGAUGUUAUCUUACAAUCACGACUUUCUCAAGAGGCUGAAGCAAGGAAAUCCGGAUUAUCGUUCCGUCACAGUAUGAAUUUAGGGAGUGCCAACUCCACCCGGUUGAACACCAUAGAUAAUGCCUUAAUGGGCACAGAAGAAGGAGAGAUUGCUGAUAUAGCGUUGAAAGCAAGAAAAUCAUUACAUCUCCAACAAUCAAAAAAGUAUAAUUUGGAUUCAGAGGAAUAUGAAGCAGGUACAGAAAUUUCCCCUAACGUAACUGCGGUUGGAGGAGUGUCUUCUGAGCUACCUCCACAUUAUAUUCCAAAUGAUAAGCUUUUAGUCAACGAUGAGUUUUUGAUUGAGAAAACAUUGGAACACAUUGAAGAGUUUUCUACUGAAGGUCUUAGAACUUUGCUCUAUUCAUUCAAGUGGAUGGAUAAAAAAGAAUAUGAAUUAUGGAGCCAAGAAUACGGAGAAGCUAAAACUGCUUUGACUGAUAGAUCCAAACUAGUUGAGAAGGUAGGAGCAAAAGUUGAGACCAAUUUACAGUUGUUGGGUGCCACAGCCAUUGAAGAUAAAUUGCAGGAUGGGGUAAGCGAGGCUAUUGACAAAUUGAGAAGGGCAGGUAUCAAGUUAUGGAUGCUUACUGGUGAUAAGAGAGAAACAGCUAUAAACAUUGGGUAUUCUUGUCGUCUUAUUAAAGACUAUUCAACGGUUGUUGUGCUUUCAAAUGAUGAAGGCAGAGAUGCCUUAAUGGAUAGAUUAAUUUCUUCAACUCAAGAAAUCAAAGCAGGGAGAGUUGCACACAGUGUUAUGGUGAUAGAUGGUGGCACUUUAGCGGAUGUUGAGCUGGAUCCAACUAUGUUAACGUCUUUUCUCGAAUUAUGUGUCGAAGUUGACUCUACAAUAUGUUGUCGGGCAUCUCCCUCACAAAAAGCUAAUAUGGUGACAGCAAUUCGAAAUUUGAAAAAAGAUUGUGUCACUCUUGCAAUUGGUGACGGUGCCAAUGACAUUGCCAUGAUUCAAAGUGCUGAUAUCGGAGUGGGAAUUACAGGAAAGGAAGGAUUACAGGCAGCUCGUUCUGCAGAUUAUGCAAUUGCGCAAUUCAGGUUUUUGCUAAAGUUGCUACUUGUCAAUGGUCGUUACAAUUAUGUCAGAACAUCGAAGUUUGUUUUGUGCACAUUCUACAAAGAAUUAUUGUUUUACUUGACCCAAUGUAUUUACCAAAGAAAUACCUUAUUUUCUGGAUCUUCAAUGUAUGAGAGCUGGUCUUUAUCAAUGUUUAAUACAUUGUUUACAUCGUUGCCUGUUAUUUGUGUUGGUAUGUUUGAUAAGGAUUUGAAACCAGCAACUUUGUUGGCGGUUCCUGAGUUGUAUGCCAAGGGGAGAUUGUAUCAAGCUUUCAAUUUGAAACUUUUUAUUUCAUGGAUGGUACUUGCAACUUUGCAAAGUGUGGGAAUUUCCUUUUUGACUUUUUACGUAUGGGGAUUUACCGCAUUGCGUGACAAUACAACUUUUGCUUUAGGCUCAUUAGCAUUUACAGUAUUGGUUGUGGUGAUCAAUGCCAAAUGUACUUUGAUUGAGAUGCAAAAUAGACAAUGGUUAGCAUGGGCUUCGUUUAUAAUAUCUGUUGGAGGGUGGGGACUUUGGAACGUGUUGAUAAUGGGGUUGUAUAGAAGCAAGCAGCCAACAAUAUUUUUUGUCGAUUACGGUUUGAUAAUGUGGGGUCGUGACCAAAGCUGGUGGGCUACAUUGUUGCUUAUGAUAACGAUCCCGUUGUUUUUCGAGAUUUUAGUUAAAGUGUUCAAAUUUAUGUUUAAACCAAACGACGACGAACUAUUCCGUGUUUAUGAGAAAGAUUUGGAAUUGAGAAGAUUUUUCGAGAACUCAGCGUUCAGAGAAUUGUAUCAAAGUUGGACGUUUCCUCAUGAUCAGUCAACAACAAAAACACAAAUUUUAAAAGGUUUACAAAAGAUUGGACUCAAAUUAGGAUCAACUUCACUGAAUGAGUCUUUGGAAGAUAAAUUGCAAGCUAAUCAGAAUCACUACAGUAGUGAUGAUCUUCAAUCUGCCAUUAGUAGAAAAAGAGCUGGGACAAAUCCUUUGGCACAUGAAUUACCUCCAAGCGGAGAAGGAGUCAACGUUUAUUCGAGUGACUUCAAACCUCAAUUACAGCAUUUCGAAAAUGGAUACGAAAUUUUGCCUAGUGGGAAACGAGUUAAAAUCAGAGACAAGUCUCGUGGAUGGUCCAUUUCAAAAGCUUUUGGAAAAGAUGAAGAAGAAGAUGUUGAUGCAAUUAUUGACGAAAGAUUAAACAAUUUGCGUAACGAAGAAGACGGAAAUUCAAGUUUGAAAUAG